UUAACAAACUCGGGUGAAGGUGCACUUCACUGACUGGAUGAAUACUAUAGAGCAGAUGACAAACUGUGAGGAAAGUUUAUUUAUUCAUUGCAUGUAGAAUUGUUCAGUUGUGUAGAUCAUCAUAAAAAUUAUCACUGGAGUUCAUUCAGAUACGGGAUUAAUACAGCCUGAGGGAUAAAAUGUCAAUAAAUAGGAAAAGUUGGACUGCUCUCUCCAGUCUGGCAAUGGAGAGAUCAAUGGAAGAUGAUGAGGAAUUUGAGAAAGCUCGUCGGCGCCAGGCCAGACUUAGUAAUUCAGUACCAACUAAUGAAGAUAUUGCUGAAGAACAGCAUACAUCUGAAAACAGCACUGUGUUUAAUGACCAAGAGGAAACAUCACCUCCAAGCUUGGAAGAUGAAGCUGGUGCAUUUGCUGAAAUGCUGAGAAGAAGAGAAGAGGACAAAAGACGGCACCAACGAGAAACUUUGCAGAGUCUGAAAUUAGCAAAGUUUGCCUCUGAAACAGAAGUUGAACAGGAAAGCACGAGCAAGCAGGAGAAUGAAAACGAGAAGCCAAAAAUGAAGAAAGCAGUCAAUGAUACACAGUGGAAGAAAUCACAUGAAGAUUCUAGUAAGAAAAUCAAUGUAAACACAGUUAAGCAGGAACAGGAGACCAACAACAGUGCAGCCUGUACUCAGAAUCAUUCUAAUAAAGAAAAUGCCUGCAGUCAAUCACCUCUUCAAUCACCGCUCAGUCCAGUACACACCACACGGGCUUUUAUAAGCUUAGGAAAGCCAAAAGAACUGAAAAGCCCAACAAGGUUGAAAGCACAGCGGAGUUUCGGUACUGACAAGUGCUAUCAGCAAGAGAACAGCAGCACAUCGAUUGCAAAUGAUUGCUUCAAAUCUCAGGCAAAACCCACUGAACCCAAAAUCGGUGAAAGCAGAGAAUAUGAACAAACAGGACAAGAGCUUUCUAAACAGGAGAAUGUCAAUGAAGCUGGGAGACAGGAUGUAAAAAGAACAUCUGCUGUCAUCACACAGAUACAGCACCAGAAAAGUGAAAACAAUGAUCUUGAUUCCAAUUCUAAUGCUGUACCCUUUCGUCGUUUCACUUCAAGAGCUACAUCAUUCAGGGUUUCAAGUCCAGAGGUGAAAAGCCAACCAUUCCAAAGAAGUGCUAGUCUAAGGAUUCCAAAAAAGAUUGAUGACAGACUUGAACAAUAUGCAAAGGCAAUCCAGAGAAGUGAUAGCUGGAAAUCAAAACAAUCCGCUUCUAACUACCGGACCCGACCAUUAGAGGGCGUUGCAAGCAAACGAUGUGUGUUUGAGAAGGAAGAUGCUCAAGAUUCCGGUGUUCGACAUUACCCAGGUAGAAAGGAUAUCAGACCAGGAGAUGUAGCCAAUAAACGCAAUCUGUGGGAGAACAAAGCUGAUUCUCUUGAAAAGAAAGAGCUCCACGCAAAGAGUAACAUAUCAAAAUGAAAAAGGAAGCAAUUCUACAUUUGAGGAACAAAACUGAUUUCAGAAAAUGUAAUUAUAAUUCUUAACUCUUGAAGAUAGUUAAUAUUUUACCCAGACAUGAUCAAACUAAUUUUCAGGAGGAGUGAUUUUUCCAAUAAAACAAUAAUAUUCUAAUAAAGGGAUUCAACUGCUUUCAAAACUGUCAUGCAACAUGGAAAAAAAAAACUACUGCUUUUUGGUGAUUGUGUUUCAGUUUAAACCGAUACAGCAUGGGAACAAAUCAGGUUCAAACUUUGUAAAAUAAGAGACUUUAAAUUUUACACUUUUUUUAUGUUUUAGCAUGUAAUAUUAUGUUCACUGUA